CUUAGAUAUUGGAAAGGUUUAUGCUUCAAAAAAAUCAAAUGGAGAGGAAAUUUCUUUUCUAUUAUUACAUAAUAACAAUUUUGAUAAAAAUAGUCAAUUAAAUACUAUUUGUACUGUACCAUUAUUAGAUGACCGUAAAAAAUAUCUUUAUACAAGAAUUCGUCAACAUGUUGAUGAUCCAUAUAAAGAUAUUCUAU